AUGUUGACCCGUAAAUAUGGCGGCCAGCACGAGAUCUUCGAUUACCUUUCCCAAAAGUAUCACUCCCAAAUAGUUGGAUUGAGGCUAGGGAGAGAGUUAACUGUGGCCAUUCGGGGAUAUGCCCUAGUCAAGGAGGCACUCAGCAACGAUGCCAUACUGGGACGACCGGACAAUUUCUUCUAUCGAUUGCGCACUUUGGGCCAGAAAAAAGGCAUCAGCUUUGCCGACGGUGAGCAUUGGGAAGAGCAUCGACCAUUCAUCCUUAAGUCAUUGAGGCAAAUUGGAUAUGGAAAAGCUCAAAUGGAGACGAUUGCCGUGCAGGAAUUGGAUGCAGUAAUUCGAAUAAUCAAUGAGGAAAAACCUUGUAUUCAACCACAUCAACUGUUGACACUGAGUAGCUUUAACGUUCUGUGGACACUGAUCACGGGUCAGCGAAUAGAAAGAAGUGAAGACCGACCUCGAAAGCUCCUCCAAACCUUAAGGGAACGAUCCGGCCAUUUUGAUUUGGCUGGUGGAAUUCUUAACCAAUUGCCGUGGUUGCGUUUUUUGCUUCCUGACUGGUCCGGCUAUAGCUUUAUGGUUAACUUCAAUCAACAAAUGGUCUCGUACUUCUCUGAAAUCAUUCAGCAACAUGUUGAAACUUACACUGAUGACAAGGCUUCAGAUGAUCUGAUCUACGCCUACAUCAAAGAAAUCAAAAAUCAGAAACAUUCUCCAGACACGUCCUAUACCGAGAUGCAAAUCACGUCAACAUUGCUGGAUUUCUUCAUUGCGGGAGGUUUGAAUGUAGGUGCUGUUCUAGACCUGCUGCUAAUGAUGAUGGUAGUUCGGCCGGAUAUCCAAGCCAAGGUGCACGAAGCAAUUGAUCAACUUCAAGACCAAAUCCAAUGGUCCGAUCGCGAUAAACUUUCAUUCGUUCAGGCAGUGAUUCUAGAAGUUCAACGAUUCUUCCCCACCAUCGCCUUUGGAGGACCACGUCGAGCCCUCCAAGACUGCACCAUAGGAGGAUACCACAUUCCCAAAGGAACGACCUUAUUUUCAGACUUGAAAAGCGUCCACCACGAGCAGGAAUACUGGAAAGAUCCUGAGGUGUUCAGACCGGAACGGUUCCUCGAUGGCCACGGAAAGUUGGUCAACACCGAACGAGUGAUUCCGUUCAGCCUGGGAAAACGCAGAUGCUUCGGAGACAUUCUGUCGAAGACAACGGUGUUUCUAUUUUUCUCCGGAAUCCUGCAGCAGUUUGAGAUUGUGCUUCCGGACGGAGAUAGGACACCGUCGACUGAAAUGACACCCGGAAUGAUGUACAUGCCGAAACCGUUCAAAGUUUCGUUCAAACGAAGAAGAUGA